AUGGAACAAAUUCCUUAUGCAUAUAUUGUUGGAAGCUUGAUGUAUGCACAAACUUGUACCAGGCCAGACAUAAGUUUUGCUGUCGGAAUGCUGGGAAGGUAUCAAAGUAAUCCAGGAAUAUAUCAUUGGAAAGCUGCAAAGAAAGUAUUGAGGUAUCUGCAAGGAACUAAGGAUCAUAUGCUCACUUAUAGGAGAUCUGAUCACCUUGAGGUGAUUGGAUAUUCAGAUUCAGAUUUUGCCGGAUGCGUGGAUACAAGAAAGUCCACUUUUGGCUACUUGUUCCUCUUAGCUGGUGGAACAAUUUCAUGGAAGAGUGCAAAGCAGACUAUCAUUGCUGCAUCCACUAUGGAAGCUGAGUUUGUAGCAUGCUUUGAGGCUACGGUUCAUGGUUUAUGGCUGCGGAACUUUAUUUCAGGACUUGGAAUUGUCGACACUAUCUCCAAGCCGUUGAAAAUUUAUUGUGAUAAUUCUGCAGCGGUUUUCUUCUCCAAAAAUGACAAGUAUUCUAAGGGUGCUAAGCAUAUGGAAUUGAAAUACUUUGCUGUUAAGGAGGAAGUUCAGAAACAAAGGGUGUCGAUCGAGCACAUUAGCACAAAACUUAUGGUUGCAGAUCCGUUGACGAAAGGAUUACCACCUAAGGCAUUUAUUGAACAUGUCGAAAGGAUGGGGAUUAUAGGAUGUCAUCACUAA